AUGGCUUUCAUGGCGGUCUUGGAAUCCGACCUCCGCGCUCUCUCCGCCGAAGCUCGCCGUCGUUAUCCCGCUGUUAAAGACGGCGCAGAGCACGCCAUCCUCAAGGUUACUCUUCACUGCUCUUAUUUGUCGUUUCGCAUUAAUGAUUUUGAAUUGCAUCUGGUUUUAGCUCUCUGUGACCUCCGAGAAUCUGCUGCAUUGCGAUUCGAUUUUGCAAAUAGGAAGAUUCUUCGUACAUUGUCAAGUCCUAGUGAAAUUGCGCAUAAUGAGGACAUACUACGCAUAUUUUUGAUGGCGUGUGAGGUCCGAACAGUCAAGCUUAGCAUUAUUGGACUUUCGUGCCUGCAGAAACUGAUAUCUCAUGAUGCUGUUUCUCCAUCCGCCCUGAGGGAGAUUUUAUCUACACUGAAAGAUCAUGCUGAAAUGGGUGAUGAGGGUGUUCAGCUUAAGACCCUUCAAACAAUAUCAAUAAUAUUUCAAUCACGAUUGCACCCUGAAAAUGAGCUGGACCUGAAUUUGUAUGUUAAUACAUUCAGAUUGGAUGAUUUCCUUGUUGGAGUGGCCAUAGCAAUUAGAUUAGCUUCUAGAGAUACCAUGUCUCAAGCUCUUGGUAUUUGUCUCAGGCUUCUUGAAAACACUCGAUCUUCUGAUAGUGUGCGGAAUACUGCAGCAGCUACCUUCAGGCAAGCAGUGGCCCUGAUAUUCAAUCGUGUAGUUUUGGCUGAGUCUCUUCCUGUUGGCAAAUUUGGUUUUGGAGGUCAGCUCACUCGGACAACUUCAGUUACUGGUGAUGUUAACCGUAGCAUCAAUUUAACUGACCCAUUGGAUCAUGAAUCUGUUUCUGGAAGGCCCCCUGUGAUGAGGGAGACUUUAACCGAAACCGGAAAACUUGGGCUGCGCUUGCUUGAAGACCUGACAUCUCUUGCCGCAGGUGGAUCUGCAAAUUGGUUACGUGUCAAUAUUUUUCAGAGGACAUUUGCACUUGAUAUUCUUGAGUUCAUUUUGUCCAAUUAUGUGGCUGUCUUCAGAACCUUGUUACCUUAUGAACAGGUGAAUAUGUCUAUUGCAAUUGUGUAUGCUGUUACUGGUCUUUACUUGAGUGUACCAGACCAGCAUAAUUUUUGUUCUUUUAUGUUAAUGGAUUUGUUCAUAAUUAUUCAGGCUUUAAGACGACAAAUUUGUUCAAUUCUUAUGACUUCACUCCGUACCAAUGCUGAGCUUGAAGGAGAAACUGGUGAACCUAGCUUUCGUCGUCUGGUCUUGCGUUCGGUUGCUCAUAUUAUAAGACUUUACAGUUCUUCCCUUAUAACAGAAUGUGAGGUUUUUCUCAGUAUGUUGCUGAAGGUUACUUUUCUUGAUUUGCCAUUAUGGCAUCGCAUUCUUGUUCUUGAGAUUUUAAGGGGAUUUUGUGUUGAGGCACGGACAUUGCGGAUUCUUUUCCAAAAUUUUGAUUUUGAUAGAGGCAGAGGCUUUACUUCAAUUGCCUACGCUAGGACGGAGCUGCUGUCGAGUGAGGAUUGGUCGAGGGGAGUGCCAUCAUGUAGCCGGAAGCUGCUUUCUCUAUUUGGCAAAGCAAGGGGAGAUAUGGAUCCACCAGUUACCACUUUAACGCUUUUUCAAAUUGAGCAAGCAAUUCUUGCUAUAGAGAACGCAAAGCUCCAGCAGGAGCAAACCCUGGCUGCCUUCUGGGAGCACAUGCCUCCUAUCGAGGAGGAGGUCCUGGUAAAGCGGAUACAAGAGCUCCGGGACCGCAUUUGCUCUCUGGAAGAACGAAGGAGGGUUCUCAUCCGAGAGCGCGAAUUGCUGCUUAUCAGGGCGGCCUCCAUUAUCCAAAAAUGGGAGUUGAGUUACAGAAAUGGUAGUCGUGGACUGGUACCGCAGGACAGCCUUCUUUUGGUAAUCCUUAUUGUGAUCCCUCACUCUGGGCUAAGACAGUCUCUAAUGAACCCAUCAGAACAAGAGAGAAAACAUGCUUGUACCUUAUAUUAUUUCCAGAGCUUUAGAACAGAAGGAAAAGGAUUCUUGAAAACUGUCUGGUGUAGAAAUGCUGAUACAGAAAUCAAACGAGGCCAGAACACCCCUGAUGAACAGAUGCUCUUGCACCCCAAGAAUACAAAUGUUGUGGAGGGAAUGGUCAAAGCUCUUGCUAGGGUUGUUUCAAAUGUACAGGUUCAAGAAUCAAGUGAAGAGAGCCUGGCUGCUGUUGCUGGAAUGUUUAGUAGCAAAGCGAAAGGUAUCGAAUGGAGUCUUGAUAAUGAUGCAUCCAAUGCUGCAGUUUUGGUUGCCAGUGAAGCCCAUGCCAUAACUUUGGCAGUUGAAGGCCUGUUAGGCGUUGUCUUCACUGUUGCAACUUUAACAGAUGAAGCCAUAGAUAUUGGAGAGCUUGAGUCUCCUAGAUGUGAUAAUGAUCCACCUGUGAAAUCAUCUGGUAAAACUGCAGUUCUCUGCGUCUCAAUGGUUGACUCACUGUGGUUGACGAUACUUGAUGCAUUAUCCCUUAUUCUAUCAAGGUCACAAGGAGAAGCCAUUGUGUUAGAAGUAUUAAAGGGGUACCAGGCAUUUACUCAGGCUUGUGGUAUUCUCCGAGCUGUAGAACCUUUAAACUCCUUUCUUGCAUCUCUUUGCAAAUUUACAAUCAAUUUUCCUGGUGAAACAGAAAGAAGGAGUGCUUUGCCGUCUCCUGUAUCAAAACGAUCAGAGCUAUCAUUUGAUCACAGGGAUAAUGUUGUGCUUACCCCCAAGAAUGUACAGGCCUUGAGAACUCUUUUCAACAUUGCUCAUCGAUUGCAUAAUGUUCUGGGCCCAUCAUGGGUUCUGGUGUUGGAAACUCUGGCAGCUUUAGAUCGAGCAAUUCAUUCUCCACAUGCCACUACUCAGGGAUUUAUCCACCACCCCUCGGAUCUCUAUUUCCUUAGGAGUUUGUCUGAUGACAAUAUCCAAAGUGAAUCUUUGUUGAAAUCUUUCUUGCUAAUGCUAGAUGGGACAAUUGUCCUAAAGGAGGCACCAACAAAACUAGAUCUUUUCGUUUGUCCUUUAACUUCAAUAGUGUGUGGAUUCUUGAUAGUGCUGGUGCAUGUUCAUGUAAAUGCUGUCUUCACAUUACACCCCUCUAAAAAAGAGGUCUCCACCCCUGUCCCAAGGCUCACAAGGGAGUUGUCUACGCAAUUCAGUGACUUCAAUAUACUCUCUUCUUUGAACUCUCAGCUGUUUGAGAGCUCUGCCCUGAUGAAUGUAUCUGCUCUAGCUGAUAAUUCUAAUCCACAUUUGAAAAACAUGGCACUUGAUGCACUUGAUCAGUCUAUUUCUGCAGUCUUAGGUUCUGAUAGAUUUCAAGACUACAAACAAUCGAAGUCUCUUGAAACAUCAGAGGAAAUGGAAGUCAAUCUCAGUAAGUUGAGGUCUCUUGAAUGUUCUGUCAUAUCUCCACUAAAGGUUCUUUAUUUUUCUACUCAAAGUGUAGAUAUUCGUGUUGGAUCUUUGAAAAUUCUUUUGCAUCUCUUAGAGAGAUAUGGAGAAAAACUUCAUUACAGCUGGCCUAAUAUACUUGAAAUGUUGAGGUAUGUAGCAGAUGUUUCGGAGAAAGAUAUUGUUACUCUUGGCUUCCAGAACCUAAGAGUGAUAAUGAAUGAUGGACUGUCCACCUUACCUGCAGACUGCCUUCAAGUGUGUGUUGAUGUGACCGGAGCAUACAGUGCUCAGAAGACCGAGUUGAACAUAAGCUUGACAGCAGUUGGACUUCUGUGGACUAUGACUGAUUUCAUUGCAAAGGGCCUUCUAAUUGGACCUUUUGAAGAAAAGGCAACAGGUGUCAGUUCCAUAGUGAAGCAGGUAGACAACGAAAACAUGGAGGAUCAAACACGUAUUUCUAAUAAUGUGAGAGACCAGGCUUCUUCUAUAGGUGGUGUUGAUUUUGAGAAGCUUCUCUUCUCUGUUUUCUCAUUACUUCAAAACCUUGGGGCAGAUGAGAGACCAGAGGUGAGGAAUUCUUCUGUCAGGACACUGUUCCAAACGUUAGGAACUCAUGGCCAAAAGCUUUCGAAGAGCAUGUGGGAAGAUUGUCUUUGGAAUUAUGUAUUUCCUACAUUGGACCGUGCUGCUCAUAUGGUAAAGCUGAAACUACUGGAAGCUGCUACCUCGUCAAAGGAUGAAUCGCAGGGGAAAGAACUUGGAACUCGUGGAGGAAAAGCAGUUCAUAUGCUCAUACAUCAUAGUCGCAACACAGCUCAGAAGCAGUGGGAUGAAACUCUUGUGCUUGUUUUUGGUGGAAUAGCACGAUGGGAAUCGUUGCUUCAAUUUGUUGACAAUAGCAUUUUAAAUGGUAGUAAAGAGGUAGCACUUGCAGCAAUAAAUUGUUUGCAGACAACUGUUAACUCCCAUUCAUCAAAGCUUGUUCUGAGAAAGCCAGCUAGUUACCUUGGCAAUGCUGCUGAUAAGGUGAAGCAGGAGAUUUUGCAUGGUCUUGGAGAGCUUUAUGUGCAAGCGCAAGGAUUGUUCAAUGAUAUUGUAUACACACAAUUGAUAGCAAUCAUCGAUUUGGCUGUGAAGCAAGAGAUGUUAACUAAUGAUAACUUUGAAAUGGAAUUUGCAUUCUUUGAAGGGAAUGUCCCACCUGUGCUACGGACUAUACUGGAAAUCUUGCCACUCUUACGUCCAGCAGAGCACAUUUCUUCUAUGUGGUCUGUUCUUCUCCGAGAAUUUCUGCGGUAUCUUCCUAGGCAGGACUCUCAUUUACAGAAUGAGGAUCGUAAAAUAGAUCAACCAAGAGGUUCUGACCUUAUUUUGGUUAUGGAAGUUAAGUAUGAUGCACCUAAUGGUGCUACUCCAAUAUCAUCCAAUGAAGUAGCAGCAUCUCCAGGUUCUGGAUCAACAGCAGCCAUAACAGGAAUUCCUAGUUACAUAUUUGCAGAAAAGUUAGUUCCCGUGCUGCUAGAUCUAUUCUUGCAGGCACCAGCAGUUGAAAAGUGUAUGACAACAAGAAGAGACAAUCCGGAUAGUGCACUUUGGAGGUUAUCUGUCGAAGCGUUCAACUGUCUUCUUGUUGACUACAUCACCAAUAUAACCAGUGGAGCUCCAGAUUCAAACAUUAGUAAACCUGUCAGAACACGAAUAUGGAAAGAAAUUGCUGAUGUUUAUGAGAUAUUCCUUAUUGGAUAUUGUGGACGAGCACUUCCUUCUAAUUCCCUCUCAGCCGUGGUGCUAGAGGCUGAUGAGUCCCUUGAGAUGUCCAUCUUAAAUAUUCUUGGUGACACAAUCCUUAAGUUGCCAGUUGGCACACCUACAGAUAUUCUGCAGCGACUGGUCUCCACACUGGACCGUUGUGCAUCACGCACAUGUUCAUUACCUGUUGAGACUGUAGAGCUUAUGCCUCCUCACUGCAGCAGAUUUUCCUUGACUUGUUUACAGAAGUUAUUUUCUUUGAGCAGUUAUUCUAAUGAAGUCAAUUGGAAUAUGACAAGAUCUGAAGUCAGCAAAAUCUCAAUUAUAAUGCUACUGACCAGAUGUGAAUACAUCUUGAGCAGGUUUCUGACAGAUGAAAAUGCGUUAGGUGACUGUCCAUUACCAAAAGCAAGACUUGAAGAAAUUGUUUAUGUUCUCCAAGAACUGGCACAUCUUGUAAUUCAUGCAGAUGCAGCAUCCGUUCUCCCUUUACACCCAUUGCUGAGAAGUGGCCUAGCAGAAGACAAGGAGAAGCAUAACCGUCCCCAUCUGUUUGUGCUAUUACCUUCCUUUUGUGAGCUUGUUACAUCAAGAGAAUUAAGGAUACGGGAGCUAGUGCAAGUACUGCUUCAAUUGGUCACCAAGGAAUUGUCUCUGGAAAAGCUCAGCUCACCGAGUGAAAAGAAUACUUCCAGAUAA